AUGUCUCAACAAGGAUCUAACUGGCUAUUGUACGGUGUUGUAUUUGGUGCUGCAGCUAUUGGUACAGGUAUUGUCUUGGAUUAUAUUCGUAGAAGUGAUCCUAACUAUAAAAACAAAAUUCGACAACGUCGUAAGAAUGCUAGUAAAGGAACAAAAGAUUCAAAUGUCAAAUUACCAUCUAUAAAUCCUGAAAACCCUUCAGAAAUACAAGCUUUAUUUAUGCAAGAAGUUCAAAUUGGUGAGGAAUGCAUGUCAGUUGGAAAAGUUGAGGAAGGUAUUGAUCAUAUUGCUGUUGCUGUUAAUUUGUGUGGUUAUCCACAACAAUUACUUCAAGUUUUCCAGCAAACAUUCCCACCAGAGCAUUUUGAAAAGCUAAUUGAAAGGAUUCCUGUUACAAGAGAAUUGGUUAAAGAACUUUUUGGUGAAAGUACUAGUAAAAUUGAAGAGAUCACUGAAAAAGAUGAAAUUCCAGAAGUUAAAGAAGAUGUAGAAAGUAUUGAAAGUAACAAUUCUAUUGAAAAAAAUAUGGAAAGUCUUAAUAAUGGGUCAUUUGGAUUGUUGACAGAGGAAAAAUCAUUUACAAUUUUAGAAUCAAAAGAUUCUUGCAGUUCUGGUGUAGAGUCUCCUGUUUUGGUUGAUGAAGAACUUGAUUGA